GUCAUAUGCUAAUCGCAGUUGAGAAGCAACAUCUGCGGCUAUUCAUAGUGAGGUUUCCGUGGAUGCCGAAGUACUUUCGAUGAACAAAAACAAUCAGCUUUUGAAAUUUCGAUAGCCAUCUUCUCCUAAUUUACUAUUUCAGGAAUGAAGUGGUCACCUGUUUACAUAAUAAUAACCAUUUCAACUUAUAUACAUUCUCAGCAGAGGAUCAUUGAAGGUCCUACGGACAUUCGGGUUUUGAUAGGUAGCACCGCUCUUCUGAAAUGUCGUAUCGAGGCACAGCAAGGAGCAGUGCAAUGGAUGAAAAAUGGUUUUGGUUUGGGAAACGAUCGUGAUUUAUCCCUAUUUAAAAGGUAUAGCAUGGAAGGUAUGAUUAGUAAAGGAGAGUAUAACUUGCGCAUAAUUAAUGUACAAAUAGAUGAUGACGAUGAAUAUGCGUGUCAGGUUGAAGCAGCCAAUGAAAACCCAACCAGUGUGUCCAAUCUCGCCAAACUUACUGUUUUAGUUAAACCAGAAGAUCCAAGAUUAUUGGUACCUAUAUCCAAUCUGAGAACAGUGGCUGGAGAAUACAUUCAACGAUCUUGCACCAGCACACAUGGUAAACCACAGGCAAAAAUAGGUUGGGUCAUAUCGGAUGAUCCAAAUGCUUCAAGUGUUUCGAUUUGGCUGGGCGAUAGCAAGGAUACGUUCAGUACUGUCUCUAAUCUUGCUGGUAGCGGUCAAGUGAUACAAAAUGCGCGCGUAAUUGAAUAUGUUAGCUCAAAUGACGACCGAACCUACAAUGUUGUCAGCAAUAUAACUUUUGCACCCCGAGUGGAGGACGAUGACAAAUAUUUGGUAUGUUUGGUGAGCCAUGAAACCUAUACAACGCCACGGUUACAAGCCGUUCGGCUUGAUUUAAACUAUCCACCAAGAGUGGAAGUGAAGCUGGACAACAACUCCAAACUUUAUGAGCAUGGUUCAGCCCAGCUCCUCUGCAACGUCAAAGCUAAACCAUUCGAAAACGUCAAAAUAGCAUGGUACCGAAAUGGAAAAGAAAUCACCCUUGCAACAACUAGUACGUUAUCAAUUUCCGAACUAAGAAUUGAUCAUCACCAGUCUGAGUACACAUGUGUUGCAACGAAUGUGAUUGGCGAUUCUUCGGAUUCUAUUAUUCUCAAUAUUACAUAUGGGGCUUAUAUAAUGUCACGAGAGCAGCAUCAAGCAGUAAACCCAGGUGAAAUGGCAUCAUUUAUUUGUGAAGCCAUUGGGAAUCCAGCUCCAACAAUCUAUUGGACCAAAGUGGCUGAUAGUCAAAUUAUAGCCCGUGGAAACAAUUUAACAAUUGAAUCAGUUCAAAGUUGGCAACGUGGUGAAUAUGAGUGCAUAGCAACGGUACAGGGUUUUCCGCCUGCACGCUUAGUAAAUUAUUUACACAUCAAGGGACCACCUUCCGUAAGCUUGAGCGAUGAAAUUGUUGCCGCUGUUGGAGAAAAUCUUGAGAUUAUCUGUGAGAUACGAGGUCGCCCGCAACCACAAGAUGUUUUGUGGUCCUUAAACGGGAUAACGUUUGAAUAUGGGCGUUUAGGUGAUCGAUUUCAGAUUCAUCAAGUUCCGCGGCAGUAUGGUGUGGAAAGUCGAUUGGCUAUUCAAAAUGUUAAGGAUUCGGAUUUUGGUACGUACAAUUGCUCUGCGUAUAAUGAGUUGGGCAGGGAUUUCCAAACAGUUCAAUUGAAACCGAAGAGCAUAGUAGACGCACUUAUUGGAAUUGUACCGCCGCAAUAUUUUGUUCCAGCUGCUUUUCUGCUGCUCUCAGCUUUGUUCAUUAUGGGCUGCUGUAGUUGUUGGCAAUGUCGUCGAAAUUCAUACAGAAGUGCUGCUCAGUUUAGUGAUGAUCAUUCUGAUGUGAGUGUGAAAAUUGAAACGCUUGUUGGCGAUCAUUUCUUUACCGACAUGUACAAUUCUACAUCUAACGAAAGUCAUCAACUUCUUUGCUCUGAAGAUUACAUAUCGAUGCCACAAAAAAUUUCAGACUGCUACUAUUUGUCAUCUUCACCACUUGUUAAUAGAAACAUUUACAAAGCUUAUGCAUCACAUUCUUUUGAUUGUGGCAUUGAUGAACAAAAUAUACACACUAGUAGUCAUCCCCACAACAGUUUUGCGUCAAGUUCGAGUACUGCUGCUGUCACCAUAUCUGAACCAUAUCGCUAUCAGAAUUCAAAGGGAUGUGCGCUGCUGGAAACAAUGUCUAGAGUUUCAAUAAUGGAUGCGGGAUGCGAAGGCUCUCUGCAGGAUGAUGCAGUACGGUUGCAAGAGCGACCAAUAAGCCAAAUAUCGACGCAUAUAUAACAACAUAUCACACUUAAGCGUGCUUCAAUAUAAUUUACUUGUCAAACUAUUCAAGAAACCGAAUGAUUUGGUUAAUUGAAAAUUUAUUUUUGUAGAACUUGCCAAAUUUGUACAAUAAGUUUUUCUAAAUUUUUCCAGUUGUUAU